AUGGCUACAGGAUCUGAAUACAAAAACGCUCCCCUUAAGUUACCUGCAGAGGUUGCAGAAGAAAUAGCAACCACAGCAAAAAAACUUGUUGAAGGAGGAAAGGGAAUUUUAGCUGCUGAUGAAUCGACUCAAACAAUUAAGAAAAGAUUUGAUAACAUAAAAAUAGAAAACACUGUCGAAAAUAGAGCAAGUUAUAGAGAUCUAUUAUUUGGUACGAAAGGUCUGGGAAAAUUUAUAUCAGGUGCAAUUUUAUUUGAAGAAACAUUAUUUCAAAAAAAUGAAGCUGGUGUUCCUUUAGUAAAUUUAUUACAUAAUGAAGGAAUAAUACCAGGAAUUAAGGUUGAUAAAGGUUUAGUUGCUAUUCCAUGCACAGAUGAUGAAAAGUCAACCCAAGGAUUAGAUGGAUUAGCAGAUAGGUGUAAGGAAUACUAUAAAGCUGGAGCAAGAUUUGCAAAAUGGAGAGCUGUUUUAGUAAUUGAUCCUGCAAAAGGAAAACCAACUGAUUUGUCAAUUCAAGAAACGGCAUGGGGAUUAGCUAGAUAUGCAUCUAUAUGUCAACAGAACAAACUUGUACCAAUUGUUGAACCGGAAAUUUUGGCAGAUGGAUCACACACCAUUGAAGUAUGUGCAACUGUAACACAAAAAGUGUUAGCAUGUGUUUUUAAAGCAUUACAUGACCAUGGUGUAUUAUUAGAAGGAGCAUUAUUGAAACCAAAUAUGGUAACAGCAGGAUAUGAUUGCCCUGUGAAAACCAAAACACAAGACAUAGGUUUUCUUACUGUAAGGACUUUAAGUAGGACAGUUCCCCCAUCACUUCCAGGAGUUGUAUUUUUAUCAGGAGGCCAGUCUGAAGAAGAAGCAUCUGUUAAUUUAAAUUCCAUCAAUGCACUAGGUCCUCAUCCAUGGGCAUUAACAUUUUCCUAUGGUAGAGCAUUACAAGCAUCAGUUUUGAACACAUGGAAAGGUAAGAAAGAAAAUGUUGAAAAGGCUAGAGAAGUUUUAUUAAAACGAGCUGAAGCCAAUUCCUUAGCCACAUAUGGCAAGUACAAGGGAGGUGCAGGUGGAGCCGAUGCAGGUGCUUCCCUUUAUGAAAAGAAAUAUGUCUAUUAA